CGGCCGCCAACAUGGCCGAGACGAACGAGGAGGUGGCGGUACUGGUGCAAAGGGUGGUGAAGGACAUCACUAACGCCUUCCGCAGGAACCCGCACAUAGAUGAAAUUGGUCUGAUCCCAUGUCCCGAAGCAAGAUAUAACCGGAGUCCCAUUGUCCUGGUUGAGAACAAACUCGGCGUGGAGAGCUGGUGUGUCAAGUUCUUAUUACCAUAUGUCCACAAUAAACUCCUUCUGUACAGAACAAGAAAGCAGUGGCUACACAAAGAUGAACUGAUAGAUGUCACCUGCACUCUGCUGCUGCUCAACCCAGACUUCACCACUGCAUGGAAUGUGAGGAAAGAGCUCAUCCUCUCUGGCACUUUAAGUCCAGUUAAGGAUCUACAUCUGGGAAAACUGGCCUUAACUAAGUUUCCUAAGAGUCCAGAGACAUGGAUUCACAGGCGCUGGGUGCUACAGCAGCUAAGUCAGGAAACGUCCCUGCCUUCCUCUGUGGCCAAAGGAAGCUUAGGUGUAGUUCCUGCAGAAAGGACACAGCGGAUAAUACAGGAAGAGAUGGAAGUCUGCAGUGAAGCAGCAGGGAGAUAUCCCAGCAACUAUAAUGCCUGGUCCCAUCGCAUCUGGGUGUUACAGAACGUGGCCAAGCUGGAUCUGAAGAUCCUUCUUGAUGAACUAUCUUCUACUAAACACUGGGCGUCCGUGCAUGUCUCAGACCACAGUGGAUUUCACUAUCGCCAGUUCUUGCUAAAGUCCUUGAUUAGCCAGACAACGACAGACAAUGCUGUACCGCAGCACAACUCUUUGAAAUGUGAGCCGAAAGAAGCAGCAGCAGCAGCAGCCUCAGCAGAGGAGCCCAGUGUGAGUCUUCCCCAGCUCCUAGAAGAAGAGGUGGAAUUCUGCACAGAUCUUAUUGAUUCCUAUCCAGGGCAUGAAACCCUUUGGUGUCACAGGCGGCACGUUUUCUACCUUCAACAUCACUUAAAUGGCAGGCUCCCUCCAAGCUUGACUCCCCUGUCACCCGCAGACUGCUCUGGGGCAGCUUUGAAUGACUUGCACCAGAUUCCAACCAGCCCUCAGCUAUCUCAGGCAAUGGAAGUAGACGGACUGAGUGACUCAAGCAAGCAAGGCUAUUCCCAGGAAACCAAGCGCCUAAAGCGGACCCCAGCUCCAGACUCCCUAGGCCUGGAGAUGGAGCACAAGUUUAUUGAUCAAGUGUUGUCUACUUGUCGGAAUGUAGAGCAAGCCAGGUAUGCCAAUGCAUACAGGAAAUGGCUGGUGACUUUGAGUCAGUGACAGGGGUGGAUUCAGCCUAGGAAAUUCCUUUUAGUGCAAUAUUGCUUUUCUUUCUCAACGCUAUAGUUGCAUGAACUAACUGGCUAACUGUAUUUUUCAUCUACAGCUUAAAAGUCUAUAAGGAACCUUUUGUUUUAUUUAUUUUGUCAAGAGCCGGCAUUCCUUUGGGUAUAAUCGUGUAGUUCCUUCCUGCUAAACAGUGUCUUAAUUCUUUUUUUUUUCCUCUUUGGUCCAUGGCUUUCUCCGUCCAUACUUGGGCUUCUCGUUUGGCUCUUGUGAUUGGCUCCCAUACUUAUUCACCGCAGUU